AUGUAUACUUCAUUAGUCAAAGUUACAGAAAUUGUUAAUAUAAAUCUACCUUCAUUCAAAAAAUAUUCACUAUUAUAUUUAACUUAUUCUCAAACUUUCGCAUGUCCAUGCACAACAAUAUCUAUCGAUUAUCAAAAAUUUCUUCAUGUCAAAUAUAAACUUCAUCAAGUAUGUAGUAGUAUUUAUGUUACCCAUAAUUGGAUAAAUAACACUGCGUUAUCUUUUGACAAUCAACCCUACGAUCCCACAAAUUUUCGAUGGGCAAGUACAAAUAUAUUUCAAGCUCUAAGUACAUUUUGCGAAUUAACAAACAAAACAAUAUCUGAAAGUUUAAUUCGAUUCUAUUCAAAUCAAUAUAUCAGUAACGUGGUGAAACCUUCACACUUAUUUGAAUCACAUAUACAAUCAAUCGUUAAACAAUUUAGAUCUUCAAUAACAAAUCAUUUCUUAUUAUCAUUACAAAUUAUACGAGAUACAAGUCAAGCCAAUGCUUUACUCUCGGCAAAACAAACAAAUAUUUUACUGUACUUUGUACCUGGAUCUACAUUUGCAAGUGUAGUACCAUUAGCAUAUGACGGAUGUGACUGUGGUUAUUCAGCUAAAUGUAUUCAACAAUCAGCUAUUUACACUUAUCCUAAUUUAACCACGUUAUUUUCAAUACCAGGUCUCUAUUUAGGAUGUUUUGCAAUUGAAUCAUUAUUACAAUCAACUCUUGAAUGUUUUUAUAAUCAAACAUGUAUAAAUCAAUUACAAUCAUAUUUAACAUAUUAUCUUUUCAUGAAUGUAACAGCAUUGGAUUCAUCUUUACCAAGUCGGUUUUUCAAAAAUUCAACAAUACAAGAACUUGUCAAUGAAUUAAUGAUUGAACGAUGGAAUUUAUCAACGAUAUAUGAAAGUUAUUAUAAUGCAUGCCAACCAAUACGAUGUACCUAUAGUUAUUCAACGAGAAAUAAUCUAAUUUGUAUUAUUACUACAUUAUCCGGUUUAGUAGGUGGUAUGCUAACAAUAUUAAAACUUUUUGUACCAUUAUUAAUUAAACUUGUCAGAAGAAAUAAAAGAUUACCAACUCAAGAAAUAGGUAAGAUAAGUCUUUGA